CUACUCGUCAUGGCGCCGCGCGGUCUGUCGCACGAAGAGAAGCGCACACGGUUGCUUGAGAUAUUCCACGAGACGAAGGAGUUUUAUCAAUUGAAGGAACUGGAGAAGAUUGCGCCGAAGAGUAAAGGAAUUGUGCAGCAGACGGUGAAAGAGGUGCUGCAGUCGUUGGUAGACGACGGGCUGGUACAGAGCGACAAGAUUGGAGCGUGUAAUAUAUUCUGGGCGUUUCCGAGUCAACGGGGAGCGAUUCUGCAGAAUCGCGUGAAGCAACAGACGGAGACGAAGGCGGCGUAUCUGGCUCAACAGGAGGAGAUAAAAUUGGAGACGGAGUCGGGGAAAGCGAGCCGAGUUGACACGAAUGAGCGCAGAGAACGGCUUGAGACGUUGGGGCGACUGAAGAAGCAGCAUGUCGCGCUGCUGGAUGAAAUAAGUGCAUAUGGGGCCUGUGAUCCAGUGAAGCUUGAGGAGAAGCGGAGAGCAGGGUUUCUGGCGAGAGAGGCGGCUAUUCGGUGGACGGAUAAUUAUGGGAUGCUGUUUGGGCACUGCACGCGAGGCGGAAUGGAUGGAGAGGCAAUUCGAAGCAUGUUAGGCAUCGACGACGACCGAAGCGGGCCAUCACUUUUGGCUUGUUGUUGUCCUCCCAUUCACUUUUCGUCUACGCAUGUCGCUGAGCCCGUCUGCGUCCGUCUCGAACGGGAGGCCCAUAUUCCAAAGCGUGGCGCAAGGAUGACUGACGGGCCUAUCCAAGGGCUUGCACGCAAUGCCGGAAGGGCAAGAAUCGUUGUGAAGGAGAAGCGUUGCCAACUAAGCGGGGCGAUAUGUGUUUUCGAAAAGCCAGAAAAGAAGCCCAGCAUUCCUCCUGCUGCCCAAGGCCAGGGUGUCGAACGUCUUUCACGACUGGAGGGUCAAUAUCUAGUUCUCCAGUCCCAGAUGAUUGGCAUGCAGUCGUCGCUGGACCGUAUUCUCUCUGCUGUCCAGCCCCAACAGCAUCAGCUACCCCCGCCCCCACCUCCUCGCAAUGUAGAGCACAAGUCAUUUCCGCCGUUGCCUGGAUUCGCUCCUCCACCACACAAAUACGCGACUUAUGGCAUAGUCCCCAGCACUGCCCCUUCCUCUGACGAUGAAUCAGAAGACACACUUCCUCGAGCAACCCUCAAUGCCCCCAUUGAAGCCCUCCAAGGCCUUGCCAAUGCCGCUGCUGAGGCUGCUGCCGCCCCAUCGGCCGCUCCCCCGAGGUUUAUCCUCCCACCCACUUGCAUCUCGUGGCUAACUAUUACACCAGAGUCAAGAAAAGAAAGCGUGCGGAGCCUAUACCCCGCAACGCCUUCCCACACGUCGUCGAGAAGGCGCGUCUAUUUACUCCACUCAUCUGUCUCGCCUAAAUUUCUCGUUCAGGGCCUCGUCAGCGAUUCUGAGGCAAGGGAGCUAUACAACAUAUUCUUUUCGGGAUGCCAUUUGUUCAUCCCGCUCUUCGACCCUGUCUAUGACACUUAUGAAAGUCUGAUGGAGCGCACCCCAUGGACUUUCGAUGCUAUUCUUGCAGUCGCCGGCAAGAUUAGGAGCGGCAAUGGCCCUCUCAGUCCAACCUUCUACAAAUGUCUGGAAGAAGCACAGGGAAUCGCACGUUCUUCCCUUUUCGGUCCUGUGGUUCGCAAAGAGGCUGUCCAAGGCAUGCUGUUGUUGGCCGCUUGGAGCACUAAUGGCUGGCUUCCCAGUGGCCAUGCCAUGAGAAUGGCCCUCGAUCUUGGUCUGCAUCGCGCCCUGGAGAAGCUAGCAGACGACAGCGGCAAGAAGAGGUCAGAGGAGGAGGAAAGGGAUCUUGUGAUCUCUGCGCGGAUCUGGCUCUGUUUGUAUUGGUUUGACCAUCAGAUGAGUCUCGGCACUGGUCGGCCCAUUGUCCUCCGAGAUGAAAAUUCUAUUCGCCAUUGCCGCGUUCUCCUCAACCACCCCAUGGCCUCUCCAACGGACGUCAGACUGGUCUCCCAGGUCGAGCUCAUUGCUCAAAAGACUCAGAUUUACGAGACGCUCGCGCCGUUGAACGGACAAGUCAAUCAUAACACCCUGGCAUUCAUUCGGCGCGCGAACGUCGCACUCGACAAGUGGUGGAACGAUUGCGAUCAAUUGCACGACCAAACGAUGGACGAAAAUUCGCUUCUGCGUAAGAUCCUGGCAGGGGAGCUGCACUAUGCGAAGCUGUGGCUUGUCUGUGUCGCCUUGCGCGGUGUUGCAUGGGACAAGAUGCCUUUCGAACAGCGAGAACUCGCUUUUCAAGCAAAAGAUGCAGCUUUCAACUGUCUUUCCAUCUUCUUAACUUCAUCUGAAUAUCGUGCUGCCCUACGGUAUGCUGUCCACGAUAGUCUCGUUACAGCUGCCUUUUCAGGCCUGUUCCUCCUUAAAAUGGCGCACCUGUUUCCUGCUGAACUCGAUCUUGGCGCGAUAACUGCCCAAGUUGAGCAGCUUGCGCAAUUGCUGAGCGAUGUUGCUGCUGAACGAUACGCGCUCACGCUUCGCAUUAUGCUUGCCAACCUCCGCCGCAAAGUGGGGAUGAACAGUGGGAUCAGCACGCCAAACCCGACGAUGCCGCCUCCGCCUUUGCUUGCCGACGGUCGUCUGAUUGUCUCGCCAACCUAUGUCGACCCAGCGCUGCCUGCCCCGUUCACGCUCGAGGAACUCGGCUUCCAGUGGCCCAGUGACCGUGGGAUAUUCAGCCCGUCAGCAAUCCCGCUGUGGCUCCAAGAACAAAGUUUGUCUGAUCUCGGGCUGCCUGUGAAUGGCUCGGAUGGUAUUUUCCUCCAAAUGACCUCUUCGAAUGGUUGGGGAGAUUUUUCGUCCAUGCCAGAGGCGUGGUAA